GUUGUUCUCUGUACAAAAUGGUCGGUCCUCAUUCUUCCACUUGAGCCAACACUUCACACAUCGGCUCGAACUAAAUGAGUUUUCAGGAAGAAAUGUCUGAAAGUAGACGAAGAGAAACAGUCAAGCUUCUCAUGAAAAAAGCACCUGACCGUGUACCUGUUGUAAUUACUCGAAUGUCAUCUGCAAGCAAUUUACCGCCUCUGAAACCAUCUAAAUUCUUACUCAGAAAUGACAUGCUAGCUAUACAUCUUUUCAAUUUGAUUCGGUGCAAACUAAACCUUAUGCCAGAGGAAUCUAUUUACCUCACUACAAAUGGGAUCAUGAUCUCCCCAUCAAUGCAUAUCUGCGAGUUAUAUAAAGAGGGACAUGAUGAGGAUGGAAUACUCUACAUAAAAUAUGGAAGUGAAAAUGUUUUUGGAUGAU